CACGGAACCGACGCGGUAUUAUGAACGCGAGAUCGCUUCUGGGAAACUACUUUAGAAAUGGAAAGCGAUAGCGACCAAACUGUUGAAGCUUGUGUCUUCUGUGCGAUCGCCAGGGGUGAAGAAGAAGCGACUGUUAUUCUUCAGGACGACGACUUUGUGUGUUUCUGGGACAUCUCCCCUGCUGCUCCCCAUCACUACCUGGUGGUCCCCAGACAGCAUAUAGUUAACUGUCUGUCCCUACACACAAGACAUAUUAAAAUGGUAGAGAGAAUGGCUGACAUGGGAAGGGCUGCACUUCACAGCCAAGGCAUCGUUGAUAUGGACAACACCAGGCUUGGUUUCCAUGUACCUCCCUACACCUCUGUGGAUCACCUCCAUCUCCAUGUCCUGGCUCCAGCUUCUGAAAUAUCAUUGAAUUACGCUUAUAAAUUCAUCCCACGAAGUGAUUUCUUCAUCACUGAAGACUCUCUCCGCACUCGCUUGGAGAAAAUUCUUCCACCAUGCUUCUGUUCUUCACUUGACUGCCUUUUACAGAGACGCUGGAGACACUAAAGUGAAAUCUUGUUUUUGAAUGUCACAAUAUAUAUAUAUCAGCUGUUUUUAUGUACUGAAGUCCCAAUAUAUUUCAGCAAGUUUCAACAAUUU